UUUGAUUCAGCGAAUUCAGGAACUUGCCCCUGCUAAAUUCUUUUUCUUUCUGUGUUUGAUCACAAGAAGAAAUGUUUAACAUAAAUUGUCUCGCAAACGUUUUUUCUCCCCUUUGGCAGGCAGGCAGGCAGGCAGGCAGGCAGUUUAAGCAAAAUCCAAAAUUAUAUUUUCAGGCUUUUGUGCAGUUUUGGCCAUGGGAUCUUAAUUCAUACUCAUGAUACCUGUGGUGACAUUUCUGACAUUGCGUCUAGCAUGUUUCACAAUACUUUCAAAGUGAAAUGUCCAUUGAGUGGCAAUAACCGUGUUGAAUUUUAUCCAAAACAGAUGAACAUGAAUCUUUUCAAUUUGACAUGAAUCAAUUAUUACAUUGGUUGUUGUACGUAUCGUUGCUGUUCGGUAAUGAAAUGUAUGGUGAGUGGCACUAAAAGUGGCACUAAAUGUCCUAUCGAGUUUGAAAAUAACAUUCUGCCUACACUUAAACCUACCCAAAACUGAUACGAGAUAAAAACACAUUUAUUAAAGCAACUAGGGCUGGACGAUUAAUCGAAAAGUAACCGAAACCGAAAUUCAGAACCUCUAACUGACGUAAUUUUCCCAUGUCGGUUAUUUCGUUUUUUUUAAUCCUGUUAAUACUUUACCCUUAAAAACAUUACCACGUGUGUAGCCACAUGACUCCACCCCGUCCAGGCAGUGGCAUAAAAGCAAAACACGGAGGUGAACGCCGGUUCAACACAUAGUGAUGGCGCGUGAGCGAUAUUGACAUGAAGAAGGACAUAGAGGUGCUGAUAGCAGAGGAACGUGCUGAGAUCAUCUCAAAAUACAAUAAGGGUAGAGACGCAGGAGUUCAGAUUGAUCCUUGGGAGGAUGCAGACUACAGCAUAUACAGAGUUACGGAUCGCUUUGGAUUUCUUCAUGAAGAAGAAUUACCCACACCCAGUGCCCUUGAAGAGAAGCAAAAACAGGUGGAGAUUGAGAGGGUUCAGAAAUGGCUGAAGAUGCUGAAGAACUGGAGCAAGUACAGGAACAGCGACCGGAUGAUUAAGAGGGUGUAUAAAGGCAUCCCACUUCAGCUGAGAGGACAGGCCUGGGCUAUGCUACUGGACAUUGAGAAAGUCAAGAGUGACAAUGCAGGAAAAUAUGAGAGAAUGAAGGAGCAAGCCCAGCUGUACUCUCCCGAAAUCAAACAGAUUGACCUUGAUAUUAAUAGGACCUUUCGAAACCACAUCAUGUUUAUGGAUCGAUUUGGUGUAAAGCAGCAGUCUUUGUUCCAUGUGCUCUCUGCGUACUCUGUUUACAAUACGGAAGUGAGUUACUGCCAGGGCAUGAGUCAGAUUGCUGCCAUUCUGUUAAUGUUCAUGAAUGAAGAAGAUGCAUUCUGGGCUUUGUCACAGCUUUUAACCAAUCAGAAACAUGCCAUGCAUGGAUUCUUUGUUCCUGGAUUUCCCAAACUUCAGCGUUUCCAAAACCACCAUGACCAGAUUCUCUCCAAACUUUUACCCAAACUUAAGAAGCAUUUGGAUAAGGAGCAGAUGUCCAGUGGGAUUUACAGCACUAAAUGGUUCCUCCAGUGUUUUAUUGACAGGACUCCAUUCACACUGACCUUACGUCUGUGGGAUAUCUUUAUCCUGGAGGGCGAGAAAGUUCUGACAGCCAUGGCUUACACCAUCCUUCAGCUCCACAGAAAGCGUUUGCUUAAGAUGUCUCUGGAGGACCUGAGAGAGUUCCUGCAGGAGAAGAUAGGAGAGUCCAUCUACCUCAAUGAUGACCUUGUCAUAGAGCAGCUUAAAGUAUCCAUGUCUGAACUUCGCAAAAUGAAGCUUGACUUCCCACCACCAGCUAAGCCUGAUGAGUUUCCACGGAAACCUCUGGGUCUGGAGCUGCCUGUAGUUCUGACUCCGGUCAAAAGGCUCAAAACGAGCCCCUCAGAAGAUACGCCCAACAAAGCCCAGCUCAUGAAACGGCCACCAGUCUCUCUGCACAUCUCUCUACAGCAGGAGUCCAUCAUGCUGGAUGACAGCCCUCCACAGGACAAGAAACCUUACAAAGAUGGAGGCACCGGCAGCAUGUCACCCCUCCCCUCACCCGACCCCGUUCUAGUGCACAGCCAGAUUCCCCUCACACCUGACGGAAUGAUAGGAGCCCCCGAGGAUGGCGGGGAAUGGCCUCCUCCAUACGAACCUCCUGUCCCAGAGCUUAAUAAGACCCAAAACCAACCGGAGCUGUGUGGUUCUACUCCACUGCCAAUAGUGGCUGAAACAUCAUCACCGGGUGAAAUUACUUCAGAAACAUCUCAAAACAUGGAGAAGGACACUUCAGAGACAGCAGGGGGCAGUGUGGAGGGUGACUUACCCUCAGACAAUUUCCAAUCUGUUUCCAUGCAGCCUUCCAGUAUAUCCAGUUCUGAAAUUGGAGAGGUGCAAGAUGAUGAAAGUCAGAAUAUGGACAAAUCUUUAGAGAGACUCUCUAUAUCGCCCAAAACCUCAACAGCCUGUGAUCAGUCACAGUUACCUGCCAAACGAAUCCCCACAGUCCAUUCAGACCCUCUGAUUCAACACCCAUCCAAUUCCAGCCAACACUUGCCCAAGUCAGAGACAUUUUAAGCUGCCGACUAACUUUUAUUCAAGUGCUUUGCUAGUGUUCCUGUGGAAAGCAUUAUUGAUAUAGCAAGUAUUUUAAUAUUUGACUGUUCAGCAGCUCAAGUUUGUUCUGGUUGAAUCCGGCCGCAUUUGCACAAACAUCACAGCUGGCACAUUUGACCAAGAUAAAGUCUUCAUAAAAAAGUGAGCUGGCUCACUGUUUAAUACACAACUCAGUAUAUAGCCAGUUGUUUUAUGAACAAUUGCCUUCUGACUUUUCUUCCGCACUCUCUGGCCCAGUCUCACAGGCAGGGCUUAGACUAAGUCAGGAUUAGGCCUUAGUUCAAUUAGGACAUUUAAGUAGCUUUUAUAAAUGUACCCUAGAAAAAAACUUUUUUGGUGUGCAUCUUGAGACAAAACAAUAACACUGGCAUAUUUUAAGAUAUGUCAGUGCAAGUUGCUUUCAGCUCAAACAUGCAUUUUAGUCUAGGACUAGCUUAAGCCUUGUCUGUGAAACCGGGGGUCUGAGUUGGAUAUGGUUUGCACAGAACCUUUACUUAAUAACAUCACAACACCACUGAUGUCUUUGCAAUUUCUGUGUCCUAAUAUAAUGAAAUGGUGAUAGCUGUAAUGUUCUGAACCACACUGCAAAAUGACUGAUUUUCACUGCAGCGAUCUUCACCAUUCAAAAUCAAGAAGUGGCUAAUAUGCUGUGGCUUGACAAAAUAUUGUAAUUAUUUGUUAAUAUCACAUUACACUCCAGGUUAAAUAACACAGUAGCUUACCCUUUCUGAUAAGAAGGUACAGAGUAAUAUACUUGUAGUGUGUGGUAAUUUUAAUGGUCAUGAUCAAAUAGGCUCCGUUUGUGAUGUGAAUCGUUUGUUGAUAGCAGCUUUAUGGUAAUUUUGCAGUGUCCACAAGCCAAUAUUUAUUAUUCUGAUAGAAAACACAAAAUAGUUUAACUGAAUGUGCAGCAGUAUGGCUCAAAAUGAUCUGGCACAGUUUCAUGGAGACAGCUGCAGUGUCUUUGCAAUUUAAAGGAACACUCCACUUUUUUUGAAAGUAGGCUCAUUUUCCAACUCCCCUAGAACUCCCCUAACUUUUGAUUUUUUUUCAGUCGGUCUUAGUACACGAUGUAACUACAGAAGUGUCAAGUU